AACUAGCACAACGACGGUCGCGAGGAGAAACUAUUGGAGUUUAUCCUAUCUCACCCCGACUAUGCCUUGAUGAAAGGUUGCCCAGACAGGAUCCUAGCUGCCAUCGACGAAUACGGGAGGGAGAAAGCUUUUCUCAUGAAUGUUGGAACUGAGAAAGGUCAAAUUGUAAGCAAAGUCAUUUCUCGCGCCAAACCAAAGGUUGUCGUUGAACUCGGGGGCUACAUUGGCUAUUCUGCUCUUCUGUUUGGGGAUGCACUUAGAAAGGCAGGAGGUCAAAAGUAUAUCAGCCUUGAAGUCAGCCCUAUCUUUGCCAGCGUCUCCGCUGCUCUAAUCGGGCUGGCUGGCUUGUGUGAUACUGUUGAAAUCAUGGUAGGACCUUGUCGGGACUCACUACAAGCCCUAAGCAAGACAUACUCCGGCCGUGGCUUGGACAUGUUCUUUCUUGACCAUGCCAAGGUUGAGUAUACCAACGAUCUCAAGCUUUGCGAAGAGCUCGGCUUGGUCUCGCAAGGUACUACCGUUGUUGCCGAUAAUGUCAGCCGGAACCCCGAGUAUCUGGAAUACGUCCGAGCAUCGGGCGCAAAGAAGAGGAUGGCGGCAGAUAAUAAUAAGCGACUGACAAUGUGUCAUGAGUCUGACAUGUCCCUUGGUCGGCCUGACCUGCGAUAUGAGACGUCCGUGGUUCACAGUAUUGAGCCCACCGGAGAGCCCGUCAGUAUUUGGAUGUCUAGCAGUCCCGUCAGCACUAACAGAUCUACAGGAUGCAGUGGAGAUUUCAUAUUGCUUGGGGAGUAGCUAGUGGAAUGCAAGCCCUCAUUAGUCAAGUUCCGUGCGCCGACAGGUAGUAUAAUUCAAUCAUUCGAGUAUGAUUGGGAUCAAAUUGAAGCGAGAUGUCUUAUUCUGAAAAUAAGAUGCAGACAAUGUUCAG